CUAUGUCAUGUGAACCCGCAGUCUGCAGGCACACACAGCUGCGGCGCGGACUGCCGGGUCUGCAGGAGACGGAGGAGGAGGAAACCGGGCUGUUUUGUUGCUGCUUGGGGAUCGAAGUCACGCGAGGGCAGGGGCAUAGGCAUGGAUUUCAGCAGCACAGAGACUCCGGAAGAUUACAAGUCACCUUUUAAUUUCGAGCGAGGCGUGAAUACGAAUUACCUGUAUCUCUCUCCCAGUGACAGCGUCACUCCCCCUGGGUCGCCAGUUUUUUCGGCCAAAGGGGCUUCGAGGCCAGAGCCCAUCCCAGAGGUGGGUGAGGAUGCCGUCUCCACGGUCAGCUUGUCAGCCCCAGCUCUGACGGAAGAGGAACAAGAGGAGCUCCGAGCCGAACUCGCCAAGGUGGAGGACGAGAUUCAAACUCUCUCUCAAGUGUUGGCAGCUAAAGAGAAGCAUGUCGCCGAAAUCAAGAGAAAGCUUGGCAUCUCCCCACUGAACGAGCUCAAACAGAACAUCACCAAGGGCUGGCAGGACAUGACUGCAUCCACAGCAUACAAGAAGACAUCUGAAACCUUAAGCCAGGCUGGGCAGAAGGCCACCGCAGCUUUUUCAAGUGUGGGGUCAGCCAUUACCAAAAAGCUGGAGGACGUGAGGUUACAGGCUUUUUCCAAUUCCUUUAGUAUUCGUUCACUGCAGCACUCUAUAAGCAUGCCUGCUAUGAGGAAUUCCCCGACGUUCAAGUCAUUUGAAGAAAAAGUGGAAACUUUAAAGACGAAGGUCAGCAGCCAGCCGCCCACCGGAGAUUUUGGAGAGGUUCUGAAUUCUGCAGCCAGCGCCAGUGCCACCGACGCCAAGCCUGAGGAGACUCCGGUGGAGAGCCAGGGGGCGCACUAAGCUGCGCCCCUCUCGCCACACGGUCACCCACUUGCCAGGAGUGUCUACCAGCCGAGACGGCUCUGCUGCUGCUUUGUUCGUGCCCCUGGGGUCCUCCUGAAAUCGUUCCAUUCUUGCUGUCCGUCUGCUGUCUGACCAAUCGAAAGAAAACUAGAGCUCAGUCCUUCUCAUAACGUACACGGCUUGGUUUUACACAAAACUGUGAAUAAUUUCUCGCAGACUUUUAGAGGAGACAGGUCGCUUUUAUUGAAAGGUAGGGCCACACUAUUUUUAUUUGACGUUUUCCCUCCCCCGUUUGCUGUAUCUCAAGGAAAAGGCCUCACAAAGGCUUUCACAAACAUUUGUCCUUAAUCAGUCUCGGAACGCAAGUAUCGGAGCAGAUUUUCAAGAGCCCGGCAGACAUUAAAUAGAUGAGGCUGUUCCCCCCCACAAAGGGAGAGAAUUCCACAAGCUUUGCAGUCCCGAUCAGCAUAUAUCCGCUCUUAAAACAAAAAAGAGUCGUCAUCCUCCUCAACACACUAGCACAAAGGUCUAAUAUGUUGUACAUCCAGACUUAAUACAUUUUUGUUAGGUUGGCUGGUCUCUAUUUUGGGCUCCGUGUAGCUGAUGCAGUCUGUGACUUACCUAUUUUGGUGGCAAGUUGUGUAAAACUACAAAGUAAUAGCAGUUACCAAAAGCAGAUGUUGUUCUGCAAUUCAAACAAGGGUUUUUGGCUUGUAAUAACGUAGAACGUAUUUCAGUAACACUGGGUCUGCCCCCAUAUUCUGCUCUAGGCUCUAGCCAAAGAACAGGACAGCCCACUCAGCACAGACCCGAAGGCUCUGGUUUUAAGUUGUAAUGAAUGAAAAGCACAGAAAAUGCCAGUUCCUCAUGCAGUGCAUGUAUGGGCUGUCCUCAGAGGUGUUAUUCAAUCAUUUACGUUUCCACAUCUGGUCCCAUUUUCGCCUCACAUCGUUGAUAGUCACUAACCAAUUGAGAAGCCUGAAAAAACAAUCACAUGGGCGAUGGAUCUCUGUGGAGCCCCAUUGAGUUAGAACUGCAGACUUUCUUCCAAUUUUGUUUAACUACACUAGCUCUUACUUGAAGGUGUAAAGUCCAUUUUCUGCACACCCAGAGUGCCAAAUUCUCUUGCCGACUUCUGCUCUGCAUUUAAAGUUUAACAGGCACUCUUGACUCAAAGUACUACUCCUAUUAGACAUCAGGUGUGCAUUAAAGCGUGAUUUUCUUUUAUUAGAUGUGUAGUUAUUAAAUACUGGACGAAUAACAGGAAUUCUUUGGCAUACUCUUUUUGUUGUUAACUAUUCUGGACAUCUGGAAGGACGUCUGUUUCAAUUUCAUUUGUCCCUAACAGUACAUUAUUAUGACUUUAUUCAUGUUUCCUAUAACUGUUAUGUAUCGCUUCAGUAAACACAUACGCUAGUUUCAAUGAUACAUCACUGUGCUUUAGCUUAAAGACUUUUUUUUGGUCUUUAUUUUUGUGAGUCAAACGGAUUAUGUACAGUACAAGCUAUUUUGUCAUUGUUUCAACGAAAUGAAAUUCAUGAGACCAAAAAAUAAGACAGUGAUAGUUAAUGGCUUUCUUUUCUUACAUGCGUUUUCUGCUCAUAUUUGGUAUUUUUAAACAAGACAUUUUGAAGGUGCCACUGAUCUAGAAUCAAACUGGUCCGAAUAGCUCGUUUUCUAGUAAUGCAGUAUGCGUAAAAUUGGCCAUUUCCUAGUUAGGCUAAUUGUCUGCGUGUUAUAACACACAGACCAGAGAUAGACAGGCCAUUCUUAGAGGAGCUGUCUGAAAUACAGCAUAUUAUCUGUGCAUAAACUUAAACAGAUGUUAAUCUACUACGUUCUAGGUAUUUGGGUUUGUUUCUUUUUUUUAUGUAUAUAAAUCAAAUUUUGUAACUUUGGAAAUAUCGUGUCAGUCAAGACCGACACCAAUGAGAUGAACAUUAAAUCUUUAUGAAUGCAGUAAAGAAAAUCUCAAAACACUGGAAGAUUUGAGGCCUGUACUGCGGAGCGGUCUCUCUCGGAAACACGUCUGACUGCCUGCCUCCCACUUGUAUUGACUCUUAAAAAGGUGGAGUUACACCCUUCACAGUGUCAAAGCAUGUGUUGUGCCAGUGUUUGUGUGAUCACAUGACUAUGCAGUUGGAAAGCACACGAGCAGUUUCAGCAGUUGGCUUUUGAAGUUAUGUUAAAGGUAUCCCAUGUACUGCUGGUCACUUCUCUUGCCUGCUCUGGCCCAGCAACUCAUUCUAAGCUAGAGGUGACAAUGUGUCAGAGUCUAAGUAUAUCAGAAAUGUACAGUGGUAAUAAAACCACUAUAAAUAAAUAAAACCAAUCCUGUAAUGAGGUUUUAUAAUUGCAUAUUGCUUCAAUCUCACUUUGCCACCUAAGGAUUUUGAACACAGGGUUUAAACAUUGUGCAGGUUGAGGAAGGCGACAGUAACAGUCUUGCGUGUUGACCCAAUAGAGAAUUAAAACAGAUUACUUGUCAAUUCAGUUGAGAAGUGUUUGCGUUUGAAAUGUGAAAUUCAGAACUUGGGUCUUGAGUAACAAGGAACUGAAAAAGAUUAUAAAAGCGUGUGUUAGCAACUCAUCCACUCGAGACUGUGUCGGUUAUCCACAGAUGUUUUGGAAAAAUGUAUGUAGUGUUUUUGAUGUUUUAGUUUUCAAGUUACAUCACCGUUGAUUUUGAAUUUAGAUGUUGAAAAUUAUGAAUGUAUAACUCGGAAAACACUGAAAGCUCUCUCUGUUGCUUUAUGUACUCUUACGUUUUUUUCCCCCAAGUUUGCCGAAAGCAUUUUCGCUGCAUUUAAUACGUUCAUGCUUUAUGUUGGCACAAAAGCAAAUUUUGCUCAUUUAUAUCCGUUAAUGCUAAAUAAAGCACAAUAAAUGCAUCGUGCCUUUC